CCUCUCUCUCUCUCUCUCUCUCUCUCUAUUCCAGAGCUCGAAGAACACUCUCGAAUGGAAAGAGCGGGAGGCCUCUCUUGUGGGAAUUGGGUGAGGGGGAGCAGCAUCGGAAAGGGCUCCUUUGGCGCGCUGAGCCUGGCCAUGGACAGGUCCAACGGUCAAAUUUUCGCGGUAAAAUCCGUCAAUUUGAAUUCCUCCCCUCAUCCUUCCAUCAAGGCUCUGGAGAACGAAAUCCAAAUCCUCCAGUCCCUUAGCUCGCCUUACAUCGUCUCCUACCUCGGCGACGACACCACCCAAGAAUCUCCGACCGACACGUGCCGGAACCUACACCUGGAGUACAUGCCCGGCGGGACCGUCGCCGACUUGGCAGCCAAGAACGGACCCGUCGGCGAGCCGGAACUGCGGAGCUACACCCGAUGUGUAGCCCGUGCGCUGCACUACCUCCACUCCUUCGCAGGUGUCGUGCACUGCGACGUCAAAGGCCGGAAUGUGCUGAUAGGCCUAAGCCGGGGCGGGGCGAAGCUCGCCGAUUUCGGUUCGGCGAUGAGGACUUCCGGUGCAGGUAAGCAAUGGAAGACAUGGGGAACGCCACUGUGGAUGGCGCCUGAGGUUGUUAGAGGCGAGCGGCCGACGCCGGCAUCCGAUGUCUGGUCCCUCGGGUGCACGGUCAUCGAAAUGGUCACCGGAGCCCAACCAUGGAAGGAUUCCGGACCGGACGCUCUGCUCCGGAUCGGUUUCGGCGAUAAGGUGCCAGAAUUCCCCGAUCAUCUAUCCAAGAUCGGUCGGGAUUUCCUCGACAAGUGUUUGAGAAGGGAUGCGACCGAGCGGUGGACCAGCGAGCAAUUGCUGCAGCAUCCCUUCUUAACCGACGACGACACGAACGUCACCGGGCCGUCGCCGAGGAGUGUACUCGAUUUGGCUGAUUUGGAAUUCUGCGACGACGAUGCUUCUUCCAACGGGGAAAAUUCUUGGCCCAGUUAUAGUCAUGAUGAGGUCAUGGGUCGUGGGAGGGCGAGAGUGAAGGAAUUGGCUUUGGACAGGACGGCAGUGAGGUGGGAGAGCGAUGGGUGGGAGUUGGUCAGAUCGGCAGGCGAGCCCGGUUCGGCGGGGGAUCGGGAAGGGGGAGGGAUAUGCCGGGAAUAUUUGGAUUGUUUUGGUUGGGAAUUGGAGGAAUGGAGUGGGAAUGGUGGUGAGGCAAGUUGGGGUGGGCUGUCCGAUGGAACGAGAUGCUCUGCUUCCACUUGUUAUUGUUGUCGUUGUUGCCAUUGCUGGUGUUUUUAUUAUUGUGGCUGUUACGAGUGUCUAUUGGGAUGUUAUUAUUGUGGCUGUUGCAAGUGUCUCUUGGGAUGUUGGCAUUUGGGUGGGGUAAGUUUGGCGUUUGUUCUUGGUUGGUGUGAUUCGUUGUUACAUACGGUGGUGGUUAAUGCAAUACUUUUUUCCUUUCCUCUGGUUUCACUUGGGUUCCUUUGCAUUUUGUUCUUCCACACUUCUUUUAAUUGCAUUGAUAAAUUCUUUGAUGCGCCAGAAAUCUUUUGCUGGCCUGGUGAUUCAAUGAAAAUAACCGAUGACCCUUUUCUCCUUUUAAUCCAGGAUUAUCCAGAUCAAGCCUAUAACUAA